AGCGUGUUAGAUGGGCUCUUGGAGUGCCGCCCAGAUCCUUAUGAGUCCUCAUUUACAUCUCCCCCCCGGGAAAUCAAAUUUAUGGCAUCCCUCCAAACCCAACCACGAAGCCUCUCCCGCCCAGCCCUAUCCAUGCACGCAAUCUCUUCCAAUUUCCGAUCCAAACUCCACUUCUCUCCCGCCAUUUUCACCAGUCGCUUCUCCCCUUCUCUCGAUUCCAAAGAUAUCCAUCGUUUGGCUCCCACCGCAAAUAGGUCUACUUGUGAUGGCUCUUCUAGGGUUAGGCCUAGAGUUGCCGCCGCCGAUUCCCAGCUUAAGGAGGACUGGCUGAGCUCUCUCUCUUUCCCUUUCCCCGAAGAGGAGUCGAGGAGAGAUUCGGGUUCGGAAUGGGUUGUUGGGAUCGAUCCUGAUGUUCAUGGAGCUCUGGCUCUUUUAAAACCCGACGGCGCCGCUCAGGUGUUUGAUACCCCCUGCUUGAAAGUUUUGGUUGGUAAAAGAGUUAGAAAACGUUUAGAUGCAAGAUCUAUCAUUCAGUUGCUUCGCAGUUUUGAUGCACCACCUGGGACUAUUGCAUUUAUAGAACGGUCAAAUCCUUUCCCGCAGGAUGGAAAACAGGGCUGGUGGAGUGGAGGAUUUACAUAUGGCUUGUGGAUUGGGGUCUUAGUGGCAUCAGGAUUUUCUGUUGUGCCUGUGUCAUCUCGUCUCUGGAAGGAUCAGUUUAACCUCUCUGGGUCUACCUCUAAUAAGGAUGAUAGCAGAGAAGCUGCAUCCACCUUAUUUCCGUCUUUGAGUUCUCUUCUAAAGAGGAAGAAGGAUCAUGGCCGAGCUGAGGCCCUUCUAAUUGCUGCAUAUGGUAAGGGCCUUGGAAAUCAGCCUGAAAAAAGAACAUAAAGCAUUCUCAGAAGUGCCCCAUUUUCCAAAGCAGCUUCUAUGACCAAGAGGCUAACAACUUGGUUUUGGACAGUGGUUUAAAAGAAGUUUGACAUGCUCUCAGGUUUAUUUGAGAUCUUUAACUCUUAUCCAUUUGUAAUACUGGAGCUUAACAUGUGCAAUGCACGCUGGGUGGAGGUGGAAGACCCCUGAGUGGAGCUUCACACAUUGCUUGGAAAUUUGAUUCUAAUAGUAGAAUAUACGUGGCUUCUUCAUGUCGUUCCGGUUUGGAGCCUCGUUGCAUUUAUGUGCAUUGAUUUCAUUUUUAUUAAGAAAACAUUACAUUCUUCAUUGUCAUAUCUACCCAUGUAUUCUUGAAUAUUUAUUUUGGCAAAUUAAUGUCAUAUUUAUUCAAAUUUCC